CCGGGCCGGGCCGGGUCAGGAGCGGGGUCGCCGCUAUGCCGCACUUCACGGUGGUGCCGGUGGAGGCUCCGCGCCGGGGAGACUAUGACAACUUGGAGGGGCUGAGCUGGGUGGAUUACCGGGAUGCCAGCCACGGCGGCGACGAGGAUCCCUACGACUCGCUGGGCUCGGACGGUCAUUGUAAUCACAAAGAAAGCAGUCCCUUCCUCAGCCUGUCUGAAGCAGCCAAAGGAAGUGAUCACCAUGAUAGAAACUUGGCUUUAUUUGAGGAGGAGUUGGAUACUCGACCAAAGGUGUCAUCACUCCUUGGAAAGCUGGUCAGUUACACAAACCUCACCCAAGGAGCAAAGGAGCAUGAAGAAGCCGACAGCGUGGAAGGUUCAAAGAGGAAAGUACCUAAAUCACCCAGCAUGGGCACCUUGAUGGGUGUAUACCUGCCCUGCAUGCAGAACAUCUUUGGAGUUAUCCUUUUCCUUCGCUUGACCUGGAUAGUGGGAACAGCUGGGCUCCUACAGUCCUUCCUGAUUGUCUUAAUCUGCUGCUGCUGUACCCUGUUGACUGCCAUAUCCAUGAGUGCCAUUGCAACAAACGGUGUUGUCCCAGCCGGGGGCUCCUAUUUCAUGAUUUCACGGUCUCUUGGGCCAGAGUUUGGAGGAGCAGUAGGCCUGUGCUUUUACUUGGGGACAACGUUUGCUGCAGCUAUGUACAUACUCGGGGCCAUUGAGAUUUUACUGACAUACAUUGUCCCACCAGCAGCCAUUUUUCACCCAACAGGUGUUCACGACGCAACCAGCGCGACCCUGAACAACAUGAGGGUCUAUGGGACCAUUUUCCUUAUCUUAAUGACUGUGGUGGUUUUCGUUGGGGUCAAAUAUGUGAACAAAUUUGCCUCUCUCUUCUUGGCUUGUGUGAUCAUCUCCAUCCUGUCCAUCUACGCUGGGGGUAUCAAGUCCAUUUUUGAUCCUCCGAUAUUCCCGGUUUGCAUGUUGGGCAACAGGACCCUAUCAAGAGACCAAUUUGACAUUUGUGCCAAAACCACCAUUGUGGACAAUGAAACUGUAGCCACGAAACUCUGGAAGCUCUUCUGCCACACAUCAAAUCUAACCACCGAGACCUGUGAUGAGUAUUUUCUGUUCAAUAACAUCACUGAAAUUUCAGGAAUUCCUGGAGCUGCAAGUGGGAUUUUAAAAGAUAACCUGUGGAGCAGUUACGUAGAGAAAGGAACGAUCCUGGAGAGGCCUGGACUCCCCUCAGUGGAUGACUAUGGACAGAAGAGCAGCCUUCCCUUAUAUGUGUUUGCAGACAUUACCACUUCCUUUACUGUGCUGGUUGGCAUCUUCUUCCCCUCCGUCACAGGCAUUAUGGCUGGUUCAAAUCGUUCUGGAGAUCUCAAGGAUGCUCAGAAAUCCAUCCCAGUGGGAACUAUUCUGGCCAUUGUUACAACUUCAUUGGUCUACUUCAGCAGCGUGGUGUUGUUCGGAGCCUGCAUUGAGGGCGUGGUUCUCCGAGACAAGUACGGUGAUGGGGUGAGCAAGAACCUGGUGGUGGGCACGCUGUCCUGGCCCUCCCCCUGGGUCAUAGUGAUCGGCUCCUUCUUCUCGACGUGUGGAGCCGGCUUACAGAGCCUCACUGGAGCUCCCCGGCUGCUGCAAGCCAUUGCCAAGGACAACAUUAUCCCCUUCCUGCGGGUGUUUGGUCACGGGAAAACAAAUGGCGAACCAACGUGGGCUCUUCUACUGACAGCCUUGAUUGCGGAGCUCGGGAUCCUCAUCGCUUCCCUCGACAUGGUGGCACCUAUUCUGUCCAUGUUUUUCCUAAUGUGUUAUCUGUUUGUAAACCUGGCCUGUGCGGUACAGACGCUUCUGAGGACUCCCAACUGGCGCCCCCGGUUUAAGUACUAUCACUGGACCUUAUCUUUCUUAGGGAUGAGUAUUUGUCUAGCCCUGAUGUUUAUCUCCUCCUGGUAUUAUGCUCUGGUGGCCAUGGUUAUUGCUGGCAUGAUCUACAAGUAUAUUGAAUACCAAGGGGCAGAGAAAGAAUGGGGGGAUGGCAUCCGGGGCCUCUCCUUAAGUGCUGCCAGGUACGCAUUGCUGAGACUGGAGGAGGGACCCCCGCACACUAAGAACUGGAGACCACAGCUGUUAGUGCUUCUGAAGCUGGAUGAAGAUUUGCAUGUGAAGUACCCACGAAUGCUCACCUUUGCUUCCCAGCUCAAGGCUGGCAAAGGUCUGACCAUCAUCGGUUCAGUGAUACAAGGAAACUUCCUAGAGAGCUAUGGGGAAGCUCAAGCAGCUGAGCAGACGAUUAAGAACAUGAUUGAAAUCGAGAAGGUGAAGGGGUUUUGCCAAGUGGUAGUGGCCAGUAAAGUCCGGGAAGGCAUCAUCCACUUGAUCCAGUCCUGUGGUCUGGGUGGCAUGAAACACAACUCGGUGGUCCUAGGCUGGCCAUAUGGGUGGAGGCAAAGUGAAGAUCCCCGGGCUUGGAAGACCUUCAUUGACACCGUGCGUUGUUCAACAGCUGCCCACCUGGCAUUACUGGUGCCCAAGAAUGUCUCAUUCUACCCUAGCAACCAUGAGCGCUACAAUGAGGGCAACAUUGAUGUGUGGUGGAUUGUGCAUGAUGGAGGCAUGCUGAUGUUGCUCCCUUUCCUUCUGAAACAGCACAAGGUUUGGAGAAAGUGCCGGCUGCGGAUUUUCACUGUAGCCCAGAUGGAUGACAACAGCAUCCAAAUGAAGAAAGACCUGGCCACAUUCUUGUAUCACCUGAGGAUCGAGGCUGAGGUCGAAGUUGUGGAGAUGCACAACAGUGACAUCUCAGCAUACACUUACGAGCGGACGUUGAUGAUGGAGCAGAGGUCUCAGAUGCUGAGACAGAUGAGAUUGACCAAAACAGAGAGGGAAAGAGAGGCCCAGCUAAUAAAGGACAGGCACUCGAUAAUCCGGCUGGAAAGCCUGUACUCGGAUGAAGAGGAAGAGAUAGAUCCAGGGCUAGAGAAUAUCCAUAUGACCUGGACCAGGGAUAAAUAUGAUGAUGAAAAGCUGAACCGCGGCAAUACUAUGGAGACCUUCCGUGAACUGAUCAGCAUCAAACCGAACCAGUCAAACGUUCGGAGAAUGCACACUGCCGUGAAGCUGAAUGAAGUCAUCGUCAAUCGCUCCCAUGAUGCCCGGCUGGUCCUUCUGAAUAUGCCUGGCCCUCCCAAGAACACAAAUGGAGAUGAGAACUAUAUGGAGUUCCUGGAAGUGCUGACUGAGGGGUUGGAGCGGGUGCUGCUGGUGCGGGGUGGGGGCCGCGAAGUCAUCACCAUCUACUCCUGAGCAGGAGGGUCGGGGGUACGAGGGGAGGGUCUUUGCCCCCCUCACAAGCCUUUGGUUAGGAAGAUAACUGACAUUCCAGUUUGAAAUAGAUAAGAAACAGCUUCUGCCUUCCUUCCCUCCUGGCCACCUCCAUCCCCGCCCCCCCACCCCACAGGGACCCAGAACAUACUCCUCGCCUUUGACCCAGCGGAUUUCUGUCAAGCGGCACGCCCACCUCUGCGGCCGUCUCCAGGAUUUGUCGGGCUGAUGGACCACAGCAUUGGCCUCACCGAACCAUCACAGCACCUCCUGGGCUGCUCAGCUUCUGCUUCGCGGCUACACCAGCAGGGCAUUUAGUAUUAACACUAAACUUAUAGCCAAGGUCGCUACAGUGCAGUAUUGUUAGUAAAAUUAGAAUUGGGAGGUCAGUUACUGGGAAAAGACUCUCAAGCUUUUUUGCAUUAAUUUGGGAGCUGGGACUGGUUUGGUACAGCAGUGAAUCCAAAAACACUGGUGGGGGAGGCUG